CACACAUAAGCCAUCCAUCCCAACUGCAGACACAUCUUCCGUGUCCACAUCCUCACGUACUCCAAAGGGGUAUAGCAGACCCAAAACGAUAAAAGAACCUUCUCUGGGUCGGUGCUGAAUCAGUGUGUUUUGCACGAUUCUAGUGGUCGAAGGAGUUUUCUGUACUGUUGUUGUAAUUUCUGAUUGGGAACACACGAGACCGAGAAAGUAGCGUAUAACACGUGUUCUUCGGAUUUUUUGAUUUUUUUGCUUUUCUAAACGUCAAAAGUUCUUAGCAAGUUGAAAGAAUGGAAGCGAAAUUGACGUUGCUGAUCGUAAGUUUGCUUGUUUCGGCAGUAGUCGGACAGCUGGAGGUGCAAAAGUGUAAAAAUGGAGCCGUUCCGAACAAACUGGAAAUCGAGGGAUGCACCAAGGCUCCCUGUCAGAUCGUGAAUGGACAGAAUCUGCGGUUCAAAGCCGAAUUCACCAAUCCUAAGGCAACCAAAACCCUCACCGCCAAGGUGAUUGCCCGUGUGGCUGGACUGAUAAUCCCUUACGAGCUCCCGGAAGAACACCGCGAUGGCUGCAAGAAGCUGACCAACGCCAAAUGUCCCCUGGCUGACAAUCAACGCGUGGAAGCAGCGGGAGAUGUUCCGGUCGAGUCGCCAAUCGCCAACGUUAAAGCCAACAUCGAGUUCCAACUUCACGGGGACUCGGGAAUUUCUCUGUGCUUUAAGAUUGACGCCAAAAUUGUGAAGUAAUAAAAGAAACCCCCACCCGAUUGCGUAA